CGGCACAGAUCCCUGGCGGGUUGAGGAAAACAACUCGGCCGCCGAGUGUCCCUCCAUCUUACCGGUCCAGGUGAUGUCAAGCUCUGUCGACGCGACUUGCGGUCCUUUAAAUUAAGCCCCGUGUCAGAGAGACUGCGGUUUACAGAGAGACACGCGCCUUCUUGAGAACCUCACCCGUUAUUCCCGAAAGCAAGAGGCUCCCCCCUGAUAAGGCUGAAGCCGGAAGAGUAGCGGCUUAGAGAUGGGAGUCGCACAAGGACACAUCUGAAUUGAAUGGUCUCAAGGGGCCUGCUGGGAAAUGUGCGUUCUCUGCAAACCAAAACCCGCGGUCCUUCUGGAGAAAACAGUUCACGAAAGCCAUCAAGCUGCUUUGCUGCUUCCCGAUCAGCCGAGACCGGUGGUGAUCUGACGAGAGCGGGAAGACCAUCCCUGCCAACGUGGAGGUGUGAGCCACGGUCAGGUUUCCCAGGGAAUGUCCAAAACGGCCGCUCGGAUUCGUAUGGACUGACGGUUCCGAGAGCCGCGAUGGAAAAAUCGUGGAUGUUGUGGACCUUUGUGGAGAGAUGGCUUCUAGCCUUAGCUUCCUGGUCGUGGGGCCUCUGCCGCAUCUCCCUCUUGCCUCUGAUCGUGACUUUCCAUCUGUACGGAGGCAUCACCUUACUCCUGUUGAUAUUCCUGUCCAUCGUUGGCAUCCUCUAUAAGUUCCAGGACGUGCUGCUCUAUUUCCCCGAACAGCCCUCUUCAUCCCGCCUGUACGUCCCGAUGCCCACGGGCAUCCCGCACGAGAACAUCUUCAUCAGAACCAAAGACGGAGUGCUGCUCAACCUGAUCUUGCUCCGCUUCACCGGAGACAACGCCCCGUACUCCCCCACCGUCAUCUACUUCCACGGGAACGCGGGCAACGUCGGCCACCGGCUGCCCAACGCCCUGCUCAUGCUGGUCAACCUGAAGGCGAACCUCCUCCUCGUCGACUACCGCGGGUACGGGAAGAGCGAAGGGGAAGCGAGCGAAGAAGGCCUCUACUUGGAUUCGGAAGCCGUGCUGGACUACGCCAUGACGCGGCCCGACCUCGACAAGACCAAAAUCUUUCUCUUCGGCCGGUCCCUCGGGGGGGCGGUGGCCAUCCAUUUGGCUUCCGAGAACUCCCACCGGAUUUCGGCCAUAAUGGUGGAGAACACGUUUCUCAGCAUCCCGCACAUGGCCAGUACUCUGUUUUCUUUCUUUCCCAUGCGGUACCUCCCUCUGUGGUGCUACAAAAACAAAUUCCUGUCCUACAGAAAAAUCUCCCAGUGCAGAAUGCCUUCCCUGUUCAUCUCCGGGCUCUCUGACCAGUUGAUCCCCCCGGUGAUGAUGAAGCAGCUCUACGAACUCUCCCCGUCUCGGACUAAGAGAUUGGCCAUCUUUCCGGACGGAACUCACAAUGACACUUGGCAGUGCCAGGGUUAUUUCACUGCCCUCGAACAGUUCAUCAGAGAAGUCAUAAAGAGCCACUCCCCCGAAGAGAUGGCCAAAACGUCAUCUAACGUAACGAUCAUAUGAACUCGGGCUCUCCGUUAACUUGCACCGUCUCGAGUUGUGCAGAGUGGUAAAGAAUGUCCCUUUUUUUCCCCGAUGUGUAUUCUGUCUGUAUUUGCCUAAAAAGUUAAAUUAAACUUUGAAAGAUCUGUAAUA